AUGGGGGAUGACUUCCCUCUGCUGGCCUCGCCGGCGCCGCAUGUCGGACAAGUCUCGCCCGUUCCACGAGCAUCGCCCAGUGGCGAAGCAAACUCUGGAGCUUGGAACCGCACGCUGAGCUGGAAGCGGCUGCUUGUCAACAGCCCGCCGGCAUGGGCAGCAUCUCCCGACAAGUACAUGGGCCGAAUGGGUGUCGAGGGCAGCCCGGGCGAGGGCUCAUGGCCCUCAUGGCGCUCAGCGCCGCCUUUCCCGGCACCGAGCCUUGGUCUAGGCCCAGGUCUGAACCCGCCCCGCUUGCCGCCGAACUUGCGGCAGGAAGGCGAAGGUAAAUUCUCCCAAGACGAGGAGGACGAAAUCUCGAGAUUCUUGAGCCACGUUUCCAUUAGUUCGACAGCCUAUGCUGAAGACAUCGGAAAGGGGCAAGAGCCCCCGCCCAAAACGCCUUCUCCCCGAAGGCGCGGAUUCCACGCUCAGGACGACACCCUCAGCACUGCCUGGACCCCCUUCUCUGCACUGAACACCUCAGGUCAGGAUUCCGGGUUCGCAACAGAAGGCCCUUCCGGAGCUUUCUUGGAGGGAACUGGCUCGGCGGGCUCGCAGAGGAUGCAAAGACCACGGGGAAGUGGCCAAGGAGCAGCGGACCACAGCACGCUGCUUCAGACAUCGUCGCCCAUGGGCCCCUCUUCACCCGGCGUUGCUGCUGACACUCAAACGAAGACGACGAUCGAGUUGGGUGAAGCGCUGCCGGCCUGUUGUAUUCAAGCUACAAGUGAGCCGUGCCGACUGACAUCCUCCGCCGCAUUUUUGUCCGCAGCCAGCUCGGGUCAAGACUCAGCUUGUGAGCUUGGCCGGCUGACGAUGAUCCCUUAUGAGGAUGGUCUGUGGACGCUGCUCCAGCUGAAGGGUUCUGUAGCACCGAAGGCGCUGCUGUUAGCCCUACCAUCUCUCCUGUUCACGAUCCUGCUGUACUUCGUAGACCGUGACGUUAGCCUGGAGAAGAUCAGCAUCGGCGAUGUGUGGUCUGGCUUGACUGUGACUCUCAGUAUUCUGAUCGGAUUUCGAACUCAACAGGCCCUCGAACGCUUUUGGGAAGGCACAAGUUUGCUUCACCAGAUGCGCGGCGAGUAUUUUGAUUCUGUCAGUUGCUUAGUUUCCUUCUCGCAGGCGGCGCUCGAAUCGAAACCUGCCGAAGUGAUUCAAUUUCGUCAAACAUUGGUCCGGCUUGUCAGCCACAUGCACGAGUCUGCCUUGGAUGAGAUCGCUGGCUGCCGUGACCGAUUUUCUACUAUUGACAAGUGCUCGCUGGACGAUGAGACGCUGCGCUUUACGGCCACAUGCCAGGACAAAUAUGGAUGGAACCGAGUCCUGUCCCUGCAGCACAUGAUCCAGGUGCUGAUCACGCACCACAUUCACACGGGCAUGCUCAACAUACCGCCGCCAAUCCUGUCUCGUGUCUAUCAAACGCUCUCCAGAGGUCUUGUUAAUCUUUUGAAUGCUGUCAAGAUCAAGGACACCAGUUUCCCGUUUCCCUGGGCUCAGAUGAUCACCUUGCUUCUUGCAGUCCACACCGUUUACACGCCUUUUAUCAUUGUCUCCAUAACAACUUCGCUGUACUGGGCGCUGCCCGUGUCCUUCGUUCCCAUCUUCGGCAUGAUCGCGCUCAACCUGGUGGCAUCCGAGUUGGAGAUGCCCUUUGGCACAGAUGAAAACGACUUGCCUUUGCACCACUUUCAGCGUGAGAUGAACCAGAGCCUGUUGCUGCUCCUGCAUGAGCGCUCUGAUCACAUACCUUCGACCCGUGCCAAUGCCACACAGUGCAUCGACAAGCUCAUGAGUCGUGAACGUGGUGAAAAGGUGCGAAGCUUAUCGCGGUACCAAAGUCAGUCCUUGGACGACCUCGAUGACAUCGAAGAGGAUGACUUCAUCGCGAAAGAACCAAAGUGCAUCGCGAAGCUGGAGAGCAAGGAGGAGAGCAAGGCUGUGGAUGUUGCAGUUCAAGGUCCCCGGAAUCAGGUGGACAUUGAAAGCAAGCUAGACAAAGACAUGAUCGCUAUUUCCCAAAAUUCGAAGGCCCUCGCGACUUUUGCAGAUGACCUGACACCGGUACUGGUGGAGCAUGAGGCCGCGUUGUACAAACUCAUGGAUACUCUGCCCCAGCUAGAAGCUGUCUUCAAGGGUGUCCAAGUUCCUUUAAUGUCGAUUUAG